AUGGGCUUAUGGUCUAGCCCAAACUAUGGGGGCCCCUUCGACGCCGCGCAAGCAAACGCUCUCAGGAUGGAGACUCUCCACGAGCCAGUGUUCAACAAGAUCCUGGAUCUUUUGCCGCUGCGAGAUAUGUGCAGCUUGGAGUGCGUUUCCAAGACACUGCAGCGGUGGGUUGUAACUAGGCACGGACAACUUUGGCAGGGGUGGUGCGAGCGUGCCUGCCCUUCGAUCCUGGUGUCCCCAGCAAAGAAGAUCUUUUCCGCGCAGUACAAGUCUUACAAGCACCUGUUUUUCCGCUUGCAACGCGCGGACGAGCUUGUCGAAGAGAGGGGGAAAGAAGAAGGGCGCAGAGUUGCAGAGUUCAACCCCCUGGGAUUGGGCGCUCAAAACCCUGAGCUUGAUGACUACGUUGUGCUGGUUGAUGUGAGCCUGGGGGAUGAAGGCAUCCUCUUCCAGUCUGCUGACGGAAAAACAGUGCGCCUUGACAGAAUGGUCGCUGAUUCAAGUGGAGGGAAGCGCUACCGGGGCGACUGUACGGGUGUGUGCAAGCCUGAGGCUGAGGCCCGUCUGUGCAACGCACUUCAAGCGUUGGUUGAACGCACGGAUGGGGAGGAGCUUUUCUGCAAGUUGAGGUUGAUGCACAAAGCAAAGCCGGAGUUUGUGGUGGUGAUGAAGAGGAUAGCGAUCAAUGAUGUCUCGCAUCAGCUGUUGGAUCCGCCCAAGUUCAACUUUGUACAACACAACUUCUAUCUUGAUAUGGAUUGGUCCGACAGCCGAGCAGGGAAGCCAGUGAAGAAAGGACGUGACAGCAAAGUCAAGAUCAAUGACGUGUUGCUGCGGGUGAAAUACUUCUUUGCGAAAGGAGUGGACGCACGAAAGGAGAAGUUGAGUGAAGCGAUGUCUCGGGAGUAUAGCUUCACGAUUCAGUUUUCGAGUUUAUCUUAACAUUGGCAGGGAGUAUGUUGUAUUGUUACUUACCAGCCCAACCAGGACAUGGACAACGUGUUUGAGAAGCAGAGUAUUAGCUCUUCGUUUUACUGACCAUGAUAUCAUACACAAGAACAUGGUUCCGCUUAGGAUCACAAGAUUUAUUCACCUAACAACGUUCACAAGUCGCAGGUAUUGAAAGGCAGGUCAAGGUGGUCACAUAGUUACACAGGACAAUCAGCAAUGCUCGCCGGAAUCAGAUUCAAUAUUGUUUCAAAGCUUGUAAAAUGUCUUUGCAUACAUGCCUUCCGCUUUUGAUGAUUGCAAGCCU